AUUUAUUUAUUUUUUUUUGUUUUUAUAUUAUUUUUUCUAAUAAAAAUAAAAUAUAAAUGCAUCUGUUAUCAAUAGACUAUUAAUAUAUAUAUAUUUUAUAAAAAAAUGAUAAAUAAAAAUACAAAUAAAAAUAAAUUAUUAAUACUGUAAUAUUUAGUUGAAAAAUUUUAUAUAUAAAUUUUAAUUUUAUCUAUACUUUUUAGAAGAAAAAAAAUAUAUAAUUUAAAAACAUUAAAAAUUAUUUUGUCUUUUGUUAUUAACGUUGCUGUAUUCUCGGUUCUUUAUAUUUUUUUUUUUAUUUUUUUAUUUAUGUCAUCGAAGAUUAAAGGGAAAAAUUACAAGUUCAAAUAUAGCUCCACGUGUAAUUAAUCAGUAAAAAAAUUCUAAAAAUCUCGGUUUAUAAAUAUUGACAAGAAAAAGAAUAAAUAAAAAAAAAAAACAAAUCACCAGUAUAUUAGCUUGGGGGGAUAUAGAGAAAAUGAAAAAUAAAAAAAAGACGUUGUGAUUAAGAGGUACAGUGUAAAGGGAGGUUGUGAUAUUGAAAUUAUGGAAAUGGAAACAGAAACAAGUGGGACUUCUGAUGAUUCUCCAAGUGUCGGAUAUGGUGGAAGAUGUAUGAGUACCCAAGCAAUGCAAUCACUAUAUGAUCUUAGAGAAAAUAAUUUAUUUUGUGAUGCAACUGUUCGUCUUAAAGAUGGUGGAAUAUUUCCAGUUCAUCGAGCAAUAUUAUCAGCUUGUAGUACAUAUUUUAGAACAUUAUUCACAACACCCUUGUAUACUCAAGAAAAAACUGAUGUUCUUCUACCAGAUGUUGACAGUGAAACAAUGAAUCUCAUAGUUAAAUAUGCAUAUUUACGUUCUCUAGAUGUUAAUGAUGAUAAUGUUUGUAAAGUAUUAAUUGCUGCAAAUUAUCUUUGGAUACUUGGUAUUCUUGAUAUAUGCCAGGACUAUUUAAAAAAUCAAUUAACACCAGAAAAUUGUAUAAGUAUCAUGGGUUUUGCUAAAGAACAUUCAUGUCAAAAUCUUGAAUAUAAUUCUCAUACUUAUAUUAUGCGUAAUUUUAUUCUUGUUGCAAAAAAUAGUUGUGAAAUAAUUGAUUUAUCAAUUGAACAACUAUUACCAAUAAUUGAUUCUGAUUUAUUAAAUGUUAAAAGUGAAGAAGUUGUUUGGGAAUUAAUUGUACGUUGGAUUAAUCAUGAUCCAGAUAAUCGUAAAAUUUAUAUUGUUAAUUUAUUAAAAACAGUUAGACUUGGUCUUUUAGAAACACAAUAUUUUUUAGAAAAUGUUAAAGAUCAUAAAUAUGUUAGUGGUGUUGAGACAUGUAGACCAAUUAUCAUUGAAACACUUACAUUUUUAUAUGAUCUUGAAAUGAUAACUACAAAAAAUACAAUAUUAUCAACACCUGAAAUAGCAAGACCAAGAGUACCACAUGAAAUUAUAUUUGCAAUUGGUGGAUGGAAAAAUGAUUUAAUAAUGGGAUGCAUUGAGACAUAUGAUACUCGAGCUGAUCGUUGGAUUCCAAUGCUACAUGAAGAUCCAGAAGGUGCUCGUGGUUAUCAUGGAGCAGCUGUUAUUGGUUUUAAUAUUUAUGUUAUUGGUGGUUUUAAUACACAAGAAUAUUUAAAUAGUUGUCGAUGUUUUAAUGCUGUUACAAAAACAUGGCGUGAAAUUGCACCAAUGAAUUGUCGUAGAUGUUACGUCAGUGUUGUGGUACUUGAUGAUAUGAUAUAUGCAAUGGGUGGUCAUAAUAGAAAAUAUCGUUUAAAUACUGUUGAAAGAUAUAAUUACAAGGACAAUCAGUGGUCUUUACUUCCGAAUAUGAAACGACAAAGAUCUGAUGCCAGUGCUACAACAUUAAAUAAUAAAAUUUACAUUGUUGGCGGGUUCAAUGGUUCAGAUUGUUUGAGUUCAGCUGAAGUUUAUGAUCCUCAGACUAAUCAGUGGACACUUAUUGCACCAAUGAGACAUCGUAGAUCUGGUGUAUCAUGUAUUGCUUAUCAUAAUUGUAUUUAUGCAUUGGGAGGUUUUAAUGGAGAAGAAAGAAUAAAUAGUUGUGAAAAAUAUGAUCCAGUAACAAAUAGAUGGGAAUACAUACCACAAAUGUAUAAUCCACGUAGUAAUUUUGCAACAGCAAUUAUUGAUGAUAUGAUAUUUGCAAUUGGUGGCUAUAAUGGUCUUCGUGCAAUGUAUUUUGUUGAAUGUUAUGAUGAAAAAACAAAUGAAUGGUAUGAAGCAUCAGACAUGAAUAUAAGUCGUUCAGCUUUAUCAGCUUGUGUUGUUAUGGGUCUACCAAAUAUUUAUGAUUAUAUUCAUAAUCGUGAACAUUUAAUGGAAGUUAAAAGACAAGAAUUAUUAGCAUUUGAAUUACAAAAAAAAGCAUUACCAAUAUAUCAACAACAUCAUCAAUUUGUUCAACAGUUUCAUUAUGCUAACAAUGAUAAUAACAACAACAACAACAACAACAACAACAACAACAACAACAAUAAUAAUCAAUUUCAUGAAACAACAGCAACUGGACCAUAAUAAAAAUUUUAAUAAUUUUUAUAUAUUCAAUUUUUUAAUUUUUUUUAUAUACAUAUUUUUUUAUUAAUUAUAUAUUUUUUUGUAAAUAAGCCAUAUGACAUUUAUUAUGGCGAAAAAAAAGAUGAAAAAAAAAUUUUUUAUAUUUA